AUGGCUCUCCCGAAGCUCGCCACCUCACCCUCCUUCCAUGCCUUGGUCGGCGCGCACUCCUUCAUGCUCGGCCAGGUAGCAUGGCAUUACCGACCGACCUUCUUCCGACCCGUACCGCACCAGCGCACCCUUUCAGGUACACCCCGACGACGAGACGAGAAGCAACAGCAAAGACCGCCUGCACAGCCAACCACAUCCCCUGAAGACUCGCCCAACUUCUCUCUUCCCGAUGGCUGGGAGGACAACCCGCAGUACUCAAACAUAACGCAAUUCUCCGAGCUCCCCCAUCGCUUCUUUGGCUAUAACCAGCACAUCAAGAUCAAUGAGGACUUCAAGGAGUCGUUGCGGCAGAUAUUAUGGCAGUUUCGCGCUCCCAUACGGUACGCGUUCGCCUAUGGCUCUGGUGUAUUCGGACAGUCAGGUAGCGCGAGCAAAACAAGCGCAGGUCUACCUGAAGGACAGAGCCUGAGCCCGCACCCCGACCCGCCAAAAGCUGUGGAGGAAUGGCAAAAAGGUGGCGCGAAGGUCAUAGACUUCAUCUUCGGCGUGAGCCAUACGCAGCACUGGCACUCUCUGAACCUGGGCCAGAACCCGCACCACUACUCCGGACUUCGAUACCUUCCUUACAGCUCAGCCGCGAUAUCGUACGUCCAAGACGGCUUCGGCGCUGGCGUUUACUUCAACCCUUACAUUACGGUCAACGGCGUGAUGAUCAAAUACGGCGUCGUCAAUCUUAAUACCCUAGCUAAUGACCUCAACGACUGGACGACUCUCUAUCUGGCUGGCCGGCUGCAGAAACCAGUCAAGAUCCUUCGCGACGACCCACGAAUGCGACUUGCGAAUCAGAUAAACCUGCUGUCAGCGCUUAGAACGGCAAUGCUCAUGCUGCCCGAGAAGUUUACAGAACGCCAGCUGUACGAGAAGAUCACAGCUCUCAGCUACAUGGGCGACCCUCGCAUGAUGAGUAUACCGGGACUAGGCGCAAGCGAAAAUAUGUCCAAAGUCAGCAACAUCGUCGGCGCACAGCUUCCUGGAUUCCGCCAGCUGUACGUCCCGCUCAUCGAGAACCUGCCGAACAUCGAAUUCACCGACGCGCGAACACCGCGAGAGCCAGCCUGGGAGAAGGAAGACGCCAUCCGCCACACGGGAUCUAAUGUCGAACUGGCAGCGGACGUGCUAGGGGGUAGAGAUGGCCUCGAACUGACGCAAGAUCUCGACCCAGUGAAACGCGGCAACAUGGUCCGCCGUCUCCCAAGCGCUUUCAGGAAGAAGGUCUACUACCAGUACAAGAAGAAAUUCGGCAUCCCUGGCUCAGCCUUUGACCCCAUCCUGGAAGCUUCAGAGGACGAAGGCAAAGAGGGUGAGAUGCGCAGGCGAGAGGGUGGUGACUUUGAGCGAAAAAUCGCGGCGCAGGAGGAUCUUGAUCAGAUGAUCGCGAAGUGUGUCAAUGGGACGGUGGCAUGGCCGGCGACGAGUCAGACGAUCAAGUCGUUCUUCACGGCUGGGAUAGGGAGGGCGUGGCGGUACUAUGCUGAUAAACGGAAGAAAGGGAAGGAGGGGGCGAAGAAGAAGGCUGCUGAAGAGGUGGCGAAGCCGGAGGCGGUUGUUCAGGAGGCUAAGGAGAAGGAGAAGAAGGAGUGA